GCAAGAUGUAGCGGAUAGAGCCAGAAAUGUAGCGAAUCGUUAGCAUCGCUGGUCAACAAUAACACAGCAAGGCUCGCGUCAGCCGCCGCCGCUUGUCCCGCCGUCAAAGAGUGACAGCACCAAAUUAGAUACUCCAUGUUAUACAAUGGAGAUAUUGUUGGUGUAAGAUGAUUUCCUGAAAGCAUGCUUUGAAAAUCAUCAAUGUGCAGUGGGAGUUGUCAGCAUGCACAAUACGAGGACCUUCAACACGCAGUGAAGAAGCAAAGUCUCUGUACACCCUACAGGAUGAAGAUUGUGGCGGGCACCUUAAGGGUGUUCCUUAUGGUGAUGGUGUGGAUCACUAUUGGUGCAUCAACCUCCUCACAAAUUACAGAGAGUUUGGUGUUUGUAAUUGUGGAUGCAGAGAACUCGGCACCUGAUGCACACAACAUGGCUGCCAGUCUUACUUCUCAGGCUGCUCAGCUGGAUGUGCCUGUUGUAAUCUACAAUGCAUCCAGGGAGUGGCCAGAUGUGGGUUCCUGGACCUACUUUGCAAUGUUAGAUAGACUGGACAGUAAGCAUGGGAACAGCAAGAGCUGGAUAGUGUUUGUUGGCAAACAUACCUCAGUAAGGAUGGCUAACCUGCUGCAAGUGCUCCACACCAAGGAAUCUUCACAGCUGGUGUUCAUGGGCCGGGGUCUACAGGAUCAAGAGGAAACCAUCAUCCACCACUUUGCUCAUGUGGAUCCAAAGCAACCCUUCCUUUACCCAGAUGUCAGAGCUGGCAUGAUCCUUUCAGGGCCACUCAUCACCAGACUAGCCAAGAAGUGGGUAGAUUUGAAGACAAAGGCAGCCAGAGAAAUUAACAUUGAUGCUUCUCAUGAGUUUGCAAGCUUUGUAAAGUCAGCAGGCAUAGAGUUGACCACAGACCCAGCCUUUUGUGUGAAGGAUGAGGAGCACUGUGCCAUUAUAUACUCCCCACCAACUAAAUGUGGCAAAGCUGUAGAUGUGAACAAGAUCCAUUUUGCUAUCAAGAGUUGGCACCAGAACCACAAUAAGCGACUGCCUAUCUUGUAUGGCACUUGGCUGAAGCAAGUCACUAACUAUGCCAUUUAUAGUGAUGUUGAAGACUCAUCUUAUGGAACAGUGUCACUUGGAGUGCCGAACACUGAACAAGGACACUGUGGCAAGACAGUGGCAAUAAUCAAACAUGCAUCCCAAAUGGAAGGGCUGCACUGGUUAUUCAUAGCAGAUGAUGACACACUCCUCAGUAUUAGGGAAUUGAGUGAACUGCUGGCCUGCCACGAUCACACUCAGCCAGUGGCACUUGGAGAGAGAUAUGGAUAUGCAGCAGCUUUUCCUCAUGGUUAUGAUUAUAUAACUGGUGGAGGAGGCAUGGUCUUCAGUAAACCACUGGUGGAAAUGUUGGCAAGCCCUGGUGUGUGUGAGUGUCCCAGCAAUGAUACACCAGAUGACAUGUUUCUGGGCAUAUGUCUCCGCAUCCUUGGUGUUCCCAUCACACACUCUUCUGCUUUUCACCAGGCUCGUCCCAUGGACUAUCCUGUGGGUAGGUUGGAAGGAGAAUGGCCUGUCUCCUUUCAUAAAUUUUGGAUGGUGGAUCCUUAUCUUGUAUUUUCCCAUUGGCUCCAACCCAGACCUUCCACUCACCCUACAGAUGAACUGUAGGGUGAAUGUUGCUGCUGCAUUUCAUGGUCAAUCAAGGUUUAUAAUAACUGACAAAAACUGCCAAGAUAUUAAUUCUCAGCACAGAUUUAGAUAAGUCAGUCAUGGUUUGUUUGGGGACUGAGAACCCAGAUGAUAAAAUGAUCCUAAUGUGUAUCAAAAUUAGAGGGACUACCAUAAUACAUGAUUUGUACAACAUUGCUAGAUCAUCAAAUCACAUCAGCACCACCUCUUGUGAUAUACUCAGUCCAUGUCAAAAUAACUAUUCAUUCAAGUAAGGGAAUCUGCCUGGAGAGUAUUGGAGGCUGGGAGAACAUGCACCUGUUGGGCCUUGCUAAAGUUGUACACCUGACCAGGGCUGAAGGGCUGCAGGCGAGGCACUGAUGAAGCACUCCCGACAUGCUCCAUCUUCCUCCCACCCUCUGUCAACACAUUUUGUAAUGAGCUUAAAUAUGUUAUUUUGUUAUUUUAUGACACAUAAUUGUAAUUUUAAAAUUAAAAUAGUAUGUCAUGCAAA